CGCAACUGCGCAAGGGCGCACAAGCCCCUCUCCUUCCUUCCUCCUCCCCCCCUCUCGCCGGAGCUCCUCCGCCGUCUCCGCCGCCCCGCCCUCCUCCUCGCCGGCGGCGCUGCUCCCGCGCCCGUUCCAGCUCGCCCGCUCUAGCUUCGCGACCUAGGGCUUGCCUCCCCCAAGUGAAGGGCAGCACCGCCGCGGCCGCGUGGAGGGAGGGAGGAGGGGGGCGCGCGGAGGCGGAGGGGAUCUUCGGGGGGUGGGGGAGGGGCGGCGUUGGUGUUGGGUUGGGGUGGAGCGGAAUCCUGUGCUGGAGUGGAUUGAUGGAGGAGAGGAGGAGAUUGGGAGGGGGACGAGCGGUGCGAACUAGAUAAGUGGUUCGGAAUCGGAUCCUCCUCCUCGCUGAGUGUGGGCGCAAGUCUACGAGUUCCCCGAUCUCACCACGCGACGGCAACCGCGAGAUUGGCUCCGGAUAAGGUGUUUGAUACCAUGGCUGCUGCCGCGGAGCCACCCAUGGUGGAGCAAGUGAUCACCGAGUUUUUCGCCAAGAGCCUCCACAUCAUACUGGAGUCGCGCUCUCCGUACGAGUCGUCGCGCAACUUCACGCGGCCCUCGCCACCGUCCUCGCCGCUGUCCGGGAGCCAGCCACGCGACCGGUGGUUCAACCUUGCGCUCCGGGACUGCCCGGCUGUGCUCGAGAACUUUGACCUGUGGCGGCAGAGCAACCUUGAGCCGUUGGUCAUUGACAUUGUCCUCUUAUGCCGGGACAGCACCAGCAACACAGCUGCUGGGAGUGGGAAGAUAAUAGAGAGGUGGGUGAUACAGUAUGAAGCUCGCAAGUCUGGCGGUGGCAAUGGUAAUGGCAGCAAGAACAAUGGCAGGAAGUCUAGGAACAGCUCGGCUGAGGAUCAUAGCUUGUACAGGGCUACCUACCAGGGAUCGACAGUGUUACUCCGGUCAUUGCAUCUGCUCGUCAGGCUCUUGCCAGCAUACAGUCUCUUCAGGGAACUGAACUCAUCUGGGAGAAUCCGUCCUCUCAACCUGUCACACAAGAUAUCUUCAUUUGUUGAGCCAUUCACCCGGGCAGAGGAUGCAGAGAUGAAACACUAUGCAUUUGCUCCAAUUGAAACUCUGUUUGGCCGAUUGAGCUUGUCAGUUUCUUAUGUGCCAGUGUUGGAGGUGGUGGCAGCUUCAGAACCUACAUCACCAAUGCCACCAGAGAUCAUAACGGAUUACGUUGGGAGCCCCACAACUGACUUUCUAAAGAAAUUCAAUUCCCUCCCUUCAGCUGGCAUUGCACCUGCAUGUGCUGCAAUGACCAGGAGGCACAGUUGGAGUAUUGAGCAUGGAGCUGGAACGUCAGUGUCGCCAUCUCCUUCUCCCACUAAGGCACAAUCCCGUGGAAGCCCACAGCUAGGCGUUCCUCUGCAUGUUUCUCUAAAAACAUGCUCACAUCCACAAAAUGCAUCAUCCUCUGGGCAGAAGAAAUAUACACCAUUUGAAGAAUGCUAUCCAUCACCACCAUUGUCACCAUCACCAUCCCAAUCCCCUUCAGCUAACUACCCUAAAAACCCUUUGUUCCGAUAUGAGAGUGCACCAGUUACUAUUCCCACAUUGAAGUCAGGCGGAGGAGGAGGUAGCGGGUUGCCUCCUUCUCCAUGUUCGAAGGGUAAGCACCAGUUCUCAUCUCACAAUGACAACCUGGCACAUUCCCCUGAUCAUAACUCAAAUGUAAGGAAGGAUCUAGUCAGGUUGGGUGAAUUUGAAAAGGACAUGGCCUUGCAAAAGGUAUUAUCUUACAGUAAAUAUGAUUUGGGAUACUUUCAUGGACUGAAAUUGACUCGGACAUCAAGUAAACUUUUUAUUAUGGAUGAACUGGAUGAACAUGAAUUGGUUUUUGCAUGGGAAGAUAGAGACACCAUAAUUGAUCAGCUUAACAGGGCUGAUAUCUCAGACAGGGAGGAACAGAAGAACCAAGAUGCUGGUGGCUCGUCCACAAGGUCUCCAGCUGCAGCCAUUGGUGCUCUUGUGCAUCUGCUGAAGACUGCACCAAGCCUCAGAGAAGGCCUACAGUCAGAUGCAGCUGCUGUGGUUCCUCAAGAACCUUCGUCAGUUCAGAAGGUCGUGACUGAGGAACAUGGCAGCAUCGCAUCAAGUUCUACACCGGUGACGGCAACUGACGCCCUUGAGGAGCUGAAGAAAUACAGGGAGGUUAAAGAAUCAAUACUAAAUCGCGGCAAAACACAGGUCAGCGGCACCAAUCUAGGAGAGAAACUCACAGAUGGAGAACCUUAGCAUAUAUAGUAUGAUGACGAAAGUUUUCGUUUUGUAUAUAUUAUAUAUGUAGCGCGCGUUAGCUGACUAUCUAUACCUUAAGCAAGCUAGUAGCUACUAGGAUGUUACCAACUCUAUAUAUAUUUACGGGAUGACAUAUAUAUCCAUCCAUGCAGCUGCUCUGAGAUGAUCUGAGGCUGUGGGAUUUUGUAAAGCUGAAAUGAUUAUCUGCAGCGCAUGCAGGCAGUGAGAUGCAAUCAAAUGGUUCAGUUCAACCAUGUUGGUUCAGUAGAAUUUCGUUGUUUCCAUUCUGGUACAGUCUGACGUUUCCUUUUUUUCUGGCAAGAAAUGAGAUUAUGGUGUGGAACAGUGGAAAAUGUAUGAAUUUGCAAUCUUCCUCUGUUUAUUGGGGAGCAUUCA